UACAAAUGUCAAGAUUGUCUUGGGGAGCCACUCUAUUGCACUGGCUGUUGCAGAAGUCAACAUCUUUGCAAUCCCUUCCAUUGGAUCAGUCAAUGGAAUGGUCAAUUCUUUGAGCAAAGUUGUCUCGCUCACGUCGGACUCGUCAUACACCUCGGUCAUGAGGGCAAACAAUGUCCG